AUGGUCAUGUCAAUCGGCACAGUGCGGCCAUUCCGCCGCGGCGAAAUCUCCCUUCACCCGUUUGGAUUCUUUACGGCUGCGCUGCAGGUCAUCGCUCCCCGGGGCUUCUGCUUCAACCGCCUCGAGGAUAUUGCUCACUUCUUGUUGAUUGCUCGAUUCGGGGUUUAUUUCUACAUUGGUUGUUCAAUCUGGGAAAUAAGCAGAAUCUGCAUGCGCAUCUGCAUAGAGCUGAACCUCCAUCGCAACUCUCCCGAUGUCGCGGCAGACCAGGACCGUCGCGCAAUUAUCUUCUGGGAAAGCUACUCGCUCGACCGAUUUGCAUCCGCCAUGCUUGGCCGUCCGUUCGGCAUCGACGACCAAGAUAUCGAGAUCAGCACCCCCAAGACAACGCCCAGUCUCCAGUCCUCCCACGGCACUUUCAGCCAUAUGGUUGAGCUCGCCCUGAUCAGCUCGCAGAUGCACCGCGCUCUGCACCAAGAAACCCACGCCCCGCAGAUAAAUGACGGCGCGCUCCUCCAUUCCUCGCGCCGCGGCGCUGCAAUCUACACCACCCUUGCCACGUUCCAUCAGAAGCUUGCACACUGGCGCUCCACGGCCCCGAUCCAAGAUUGCGGAACAGGAAGCCCACCAGCUUGUGCUUUUCAUAUGCCGGAAUAUUUCGAGCUGCGCUACCAGGAAGAACGCCUUACGCUUAUCCGCGCUGUGAUAGAGGCGUCCAGACGGCGGGGCCCUCCAGGUUCUUCCAGGCUGCAUGACGGAGGAGGCCCAGGCGGAGGCGGAUUGUUUCCCUCGGGAAUACUCCAGAGCUCCUGUCUGGAGGCUGCGGUGGGGGUGAUAUGCGCUUAUGAUGUGCUGCAGCGCCGUGGGGUUAUCAUGUACUCGCGGUACUACAUGCAUGUGCUCUUCUCGGCGGGGAUCCUGAUUAUCCUGGUUGUCUUUCUUCGGAUUGAUAUCAAAGGCCGCGGCCCUACCACUCGUGACCCUGGCGGCAGUAAUUCUGAUGGUGGCUGUCGCAGUCGUACUGAUGCCGGCUUUACUACCAGGUAUAGCUCGAACGUCGUUGAUCUCUCCGACUGGCUAUCGCAGUCUGUUGCCCCUGGCUCUGAGCGUCCGCAAGACAUCUCGCUUGACCGCGCGCUGGAGGUGCUUACCACAGUCGGGGACUUGCUAUCCUGGCUGGCGGAGCAGAUGCCGGACAGCGCGUUGUAUAGUCGUGUUUUUGACGCUUUGAGACAGAACAUGGAGCGGAUGGUGCACCACCACCACCACCACCACCACCACCAAUCGCUGCGAAAGGGCCAGUCCAUACCUGUACAUGUAGCUGGAGCUGUACCUAACGAGCCCACAUUUCCUCUGCCGGCGCAAUCAACAGCAGACCCGCCUGGAGAAAGCAGCAACAUAGCCGAUUUCAAUCUGAACCUCGGUCUUGAUUACUCGCCCUCGGUGGGGACGGAACCGAGCCUGACGGAGCUCCUGGGAGAGCUAUUCCCAGACAUCCCGGUUGAUAUGCUGGGAGAUAUGGGAGUGAGCGUUAGCCCUGGAGAACAGGCCGUGUGGCCUCUUUCAGAAUUUCCUUUCAUGCCACCGGGGUUUAUGGAGAAUCAUUGA